UUGUUCAGUCGGUUUUGGGAACAUUGAUUCCGUCGUGACGGAACUAACCUUCGGACGAAACUAACCUUGAAAAUACCUCUCUGUUUUGAUUUUACUUGGAAGGAGUUUAAUGUAGCAGGUUUAAUUAAUUAAGAAAGAAUGGGAUGCGACGACGACGAAACGCAUAAUAUCCAGUUUAAAAAGAAGAAGAAGACGAAAUCUUUAAGGAAACUCGAAGCUUCUCGGUUUGACAGCGAGGGAGAGAAAAUGUCCAAGAGAAAGUCGAGGAGAUGAAGAUCAUUCAGAAACUCCGCGAGAUACCGGCUGGCGUUGAUAUUGUUGGUUUGGCGCUUGAAGAAAGCGUCUCAUUCGUGUGUUGAUGUCGGAUCCGGAUUUAAUGAAAACCGGAGGAGUGAUAAAUAUGGCUGUGCUGAAGAAUACAAAACAUAAGCUCAAUGAUGCAUGACACUGACACUAGAACGCUAUUUAACACAGAGAUCAAUAAACGCAAUGAGGACGUAGAAAUAUACGGUCAAGUAUAUAGAAGAAGAAUUGUCAAAGCGCAAAAUAAUAAUGAUGCAGCGAAUAGUAUGAAUAAUGAUAAGGGAUCACCAUUGUUCACCAGAGAAAGCAGCAUUGUGCUGAGAAAAAAUGCACUAUCAAAGAAAGAAAAAUGUACUACAUUUGAGGAAAACGAAAAAAUAACGGAGAGAAGACGAUGGACAAUUACCAUUAUGAAAGAUUUAAAAAGCAAUUCAGACGAUUUUGAAUUAAACUUGUAUAAUUAAUUAUCUUAUUAUAGUUUUUAAAUUUAUAUAAGUAAACGUUGAUGAUUUCUUAUAUUAGAUGUUUUUUUAAUUGUAAUUUAAAAUUAAGAAUAAAGAAAUAAUAAAAAAAGGAUCAAGGAACAAUGCAA